UCUUUACGGUAAGAAAGACGGCGCUGUGGAGAGUGACGUGAAAGUGUUAUCAGAGAGAGGCGGCAUUUUUCAACUUGUUUGCGGUGCCUUUCACUUUAUGUGUGAAUUCUUUUCCCGAGUAUUGGCAGGCAUUUUUAAUUAAGAAACUCUGUAAAAUGAAGAAACCAUCGAGAGCUAACUUGAAAGCCAUUUUAAAGAAGAGGAAACCAAAUCUGGGAAUUGGGAAAAAUGUUGACGCACUGCUUCUGUUAAACUAUUUACUUUUCACAAAACGAUUAGCAGAAGAGUCAAGAGCUAAAGCAUUUGAAAAAAGAAGUGCCACCAUUCGAGAGGAACAUUUUCUUGAAGUAGCAAAGGCUGUUUUGAAGAAAACACGAGGAUGAAUUUUAGCCAAGCAUUCAGAUUCUGUAACAUAAUGUUACAUUUUAAUUACUGAUUUUUAUCUCAUUUUUUCUAAUGUAUCAUCUUUCAAAUUAUUGGUUUAAACACUGUUUAGUGCAGUUAUAAUUACCAAAAGAUUAAAGUUUUGUAAAAAUAUUUAAAUGUAUGCAUUUACCCAUGUAACCUCUUGUAUGUUAUAUGGUGUUAAACAUGCAACAUUUACAGGGUUAAGGGCAAUCUAAGGAAAAACUUUGUGCAACAGUGCCAGAAGACACCUUGAUGAACAUUUGCAGAUCACUUAUUUGAAGAUAGCAACUGUGUGUGGACACUAACAGUGAACAAUCUGAACACUUGAUACAAUAUAUUGUAUGGCAUAUAUACCCUGUAUAUAUUAAUAUAUUGUAAUAAAAUGUGUAUGUAACAGAUGAA